GCCCGGAGUUAGUUUGUUGUGCGCGGCGGUGGCGGCGGCAGCAGCAGCGCCGUCCUGGGGAGUCGGGUCGUCUGCGGGGCCCGCUGUGUGUGGGUAGCCGGUCCUGACGGAGCUUCCUCGGCACGGCCGCCGUCUCCCGCUCGCCGCCUGCCUGCCGGAGGCGCCGCGGAGCCCCCCUGCCAGAAAAUGUUGCUGUCCUGAAGUCAUGAAGCACAGGGACUGAAGCAAAUUUGUCCAGAGAAGUAAGAAGUUUUGAAAUUCUCAGUGGGAUUUCUUGCUAGUGGCUGCACAAGGCUUUGCAAAGUCAACUGUUGGCACUGGAAUGGAUAAAAUGCCUCAAACUUCAGUGAAUGAUCACUGCUCCAAACAGUAGCCGUACUAAGUGAACAGAGUGGAAACAUAUGGAUGAAAUUCUUGCAUGCACUGAACAGCACAGCACCAAGCGCAGAGCUCUGGGAAAAUGUCUGCUUGCAAUGCCUUCACUGAGCACGUCUGGAAACCUGGUGAAUGUAAGAACUGCUUCAAGCCCAAAAGCUUGCAUCAGUUACCCCCAGUAUCUGAAAAAAAACCCCUCGCACAUGGCAACUUGAAACCCAAUGCAAACCAAAGUAACAGCCAUCGUGGGAGAAAUACAGGGAGUUUCCGACCACCUGUGGCAAAGAAACCCACCAUAGCUGUGAAACCCACCAUGAUGGUCGUCGAUGGGCAGGGGGUGUGCAGUGAAAUCAGCACACCAGAUCCGUGUGAGAAUAAAUCUGUGUCUGCAGGUUGGAACCGGAACAAAACUGUCUUGAACAAAAAACCACUGAACAAUAAUAAUGAAGAUGAGAUUGAAGGUUAUAGCAACGUUCACAGGGCUCGUGACAACAAUGAUGGUGGAGGUAAGAUACCAAAUAACAAUAAUAAUGGACUGACAGAAGUUUUGAAGGAGAUUGUGGGUUUGGAUACCACACCUCAGCUAACUGGAAAUGAAAUGAACUCAAGAGAAAACUUCUUGGGAAGAAUAAAUAAUUGUUAUAAAAGAUCAUUGGAAAGAAAGAUCCCUCCAAGCUGCAUGAUGGGUGGAAUGAAGGAUUCACACAGUAAGCACGUUAUUCUGAGCGGAAGCACUGAAGUAAUAAGUAAUGAAGGUGGACGUUUCUGUUAUCCAGAGUUCUCUAGUGGAGAUGAGAGUGAGGAUGACACGUUUUUUGGCAGCAUGCAAGAAGAGCAUGAGAGCUGGGAUGAAAGUGACGAAGAAUUGCUAGCAAUGGAGAUUCGUAUGAGGGGCCAACCUCGCUUUGCUAAUUUUAGAGCUAACACGCUCUCUCCUGUUCAGUUCUGUGUUGACAAAAAAUGGAACACUGUGCCCCUUAGAAACAAGUCUCUCCAGCGGAUCUGUGCAGUAGAUUAUGAUGACAGUUAUGAUGAAAUUUUAAAUGGUUAUGGGGAAGAGACUGUGAUUCUGUAUGGGCAAGAAAGCAUGCAGAGCAUGGCAUCUUCUGAUUCUACAUCUCCUGAUUCUUCUUUGACAGAAGAAUCUCGUUCUGGAACAACCAGCAGUUCUUCACAGAAGCUCUGUAAUGGAGGGCUAUCUCCUAGUACUCCUCAGGACCUCAAAUUGAUUGAACCAGAAUAUGAAAGUCUUUGUGACAAUCAACAAAUGAAGGAUGUGUCAAAAGCUCCCAGAAAUGUUCCAAAAAGUCUAGAAACUCACAAGGCAGUCCUUGCACUUCGACUGGAAGAGAAGGAUGGCAAAAUUGCUGUGCAGACUGAUAAGCAAGAGAAUAAAAGUCCCUCAGAUGUUGGUGGCCAAGCUGUAACUAUAAAUUUGGUGCCUGUGGAAGAACAAGCUAAACCCUACAGGGUGGUGAAUAUGGAACAACCAGUUUGCAAGCCAUAUACUGUAGUAGAUGUAUCAGCCGCCAUGACCAGUGAAUGUAAGGAGAAUCAGACUGAAACCUCAGAAACCAAAAAAACAUCGUCUAACCCAAGCUCACCAGUAACUCCAGGCACACCUAUUACAUCCUCUGCAGCAUCACCUGUACGAGUAAAUGCUAAUCUGAAAAAAUCCAGUGCAAUCAGAUACCAAGAAGUAUGGACUUCUAGUACUAGUCCAAGACAGAAGAUACCCAGGGUAGACUUCACUGCUAACAGCUCAGGACCUUCUGUUCCUCCCAGGAAGGCAAGCCACAAGUCAGCUCCUACUUCACCUACAGCUACAAACGUUUCUUCAAAAACUGUCCCAGUUAAGUCUCCCAAUUUAUCAGAGAUAAAAUUCAACAGCUACAAUAAUGCUGGCAUGCCACCUUUUCCUAUUAUCAUUCAUGAUGAGCCCACUUACGCUAAGAGUUCCAAAAAUGCUAUUAAAGUUCCUAUUGUAAUAAAUCCAAAUGCAUAUGAUAACCUGGCUAUCUACAAAAGCUUUCUAGGGACCAGUGGAGAGCUGUCCAUCAAAGAUAAAACUACUAGUGUAAUAAGUCACACAUACGAAGAAAUAGAAGCAGAAAGCAAAAUGACUGAAGCUACAGGAAGUAAACCCACUGAGUUUUCCCAAGCCAGGGGGGUGACUAAUAGCUCUGAAUGCAGGCUGGGUUCUGUGGCUCAGAAGGUCCAAGAGUUCAAUAGCUGUCUCAGUAAAAGUCAGAUAUCACCACAGAGGAGUUCUGACCACAGCUCCCCAUUAAGAGUUCAAAAGACAACACAAGAGACUGCAGCAAAACCAGAUGUAACACCAGAGGCUUCUGUGAGCAGCAGCAGUGGUCGGGAGAACGCAAGUGCGGUGCUUUCACAGAUUGUGGCUUCUAUCCAGCCUCCACAGUCUCCUCCAAAAACACCUCAGGCUGCACCCAAGUCUUGUAGUGUAGAAGAACUGUAUGCCUUACCCCCUGAUGCAGACUCAAGUAAAAACACCCUGGUACGACCCAAAUCUCUGUUUACAUCACAGUCUGAAAUAGAGUCAUCCAAGACAGUGGAAAAUGCUGCCAGUAAAAUACAGAAAGAUUCACAGCCAGUUGCCACUCACUCUCCACAGGCAGCGAGAGCCACCCCAAACACCACAAGUCCCAAAACAGAGCAGGCACCGCCAUUUCCUCCUCCACGGUCCACUUCUUCACCCUAUCAUGCAAGUAACUUGUUGCAAAGACAUUUCAGCAAUUGGACCAAACCAAACAGUCCCACCAGGUCAACAGAGGCCGAGUCCAUCCUCCAUUCGGAAGGUCGGCGAGCUGCCGACGCGAAACCCAAACGCUGGAUAUCGUUUAAGAGCUUCUUCCGCCGUCGGAAAACUGACGAGGAGGAAGAGAAAGAGAAAGAAAGAGAGAAAGGAAAAUUGGUGGGUCUUGAUGGAACUGUUAUACACAUGCUCCCCCCUCCUCCAGUCCAGCGUCAUCACUGGUUCAGUGAGGCCAAGUCAGACUCCAGUGAGAAGCCGUCGAUUGUUUUCAUGUACAGAUGUGAGGUGGCACAGGCUGAGCCCAAGGCUGACCACCAAAACAAGACUGAAGCAGAGGCUGCUAUUGCCAAUGCACUGGCAAAAGACCAAGGGGAAACGCAAGAAAAGCCUCCAGAGAGCUCUGACCAGGACACAGCCAGCCCUUCAUCACCACCUCAGAUUGCCAAGAAGAUCCCCAGCACAUCAGAACACUGUGGAAUCAAUGGCUCGCCAGAGUUUCAAGACAUGAUUAAAAGACUCAAGAAGGCCCUGAAAGAAUUUCCUUUAAUGGGGAAUUGUGUGAGUGAGUACAGUGGUCAAGUGCCUGAUGAUACGACACUGGAGGAGUUGUCCCCUCGUGUUCCUAGAGCUGUGUUUGUGAAGCAGGACAAUGGCGGCUGUGCCUCAGUCAUACCAGUGUCAUCUGUCCGUGCCCCACAGGGCGAGGAGGAAAAGGAAGAAGCUUCAAAUUCUCCUGACUUAAACCCUUGCAGUGCUACUUACAGCAAUUUAGGACAGUCUAGAGCAGCCAUGAUACCUCCAAAACAGCCGAGGCAACCAAAGGGAGCUCUGGAUGAUGCUAUUGCCUUUGGAGGCCUAAUAGACCAGGAAACAAGGACCAACUUACAGCCAACACCACCUCCACUGCCAAAGAAAACAAUUUUGAGAGCUAACACAGAGCCAACUCCCAGAGAUCUCCAGAAACAGGCUCUGGAAAACAACCUGUGCAUUGUGCCCAAUCCCACCUAUGACAUUGACACCAAUUGGGAAGCAAGCAGCGCCUGCUCUUCCAUCAGCCUGGAGCUCAAGAUAUUGGACAAUGAGUCAGGAGAUUCCUUGGACAGGCCUACAGAAAAACUAAGGGCAACCACCUCAGCAACUAACAGUGUUUCCAGCCUAACCACUAUCAGUAUUAAGGACCGCUGUUCCAAUAGCAUGGAGUCUCUAACAGGGAGACGCGUCUCGCAGACUAAGCAGGGCAAAGGUGUCCAAAAGCCUCAAAGGCAAGCACUUUAUCGAGGAAUUGAAAACCGAGAAGAGGUGGUGGGCAAAAUCCGAAGCCUUCACACUGAUUCACUGAAGAAGCUGGCACUUAAAUGUGAAGACUUGUUCAUGGCUGGACAAAAAGACCAGUUGCGAUUCGGGGUGGACAGCUGGUCGGACUUCAGGCUCACCAGUGACAAGCCAUGCUGCGAGGCAGGUGAUGCAGUUUACUACCCAGCUUCUUAUGCAAAAGAUCCUCUCAACAAUUACGCAGUCAAGAUUUGUAAGAGCAAAGCAAAGGAAUCCCAGCAGUAUUAUCACAGCCUUUCUAUCCGGCAGAGUCUGGCUAUCAACUUUAACAUCCAACAGGACUGUGGCCAUUUUCUUGCUGAAGUGCCAGUUCGUCUCCUUCCAUGGGAGGAUGCUGAUGCACCAGAGAUGGAGGAAGAAGAGGAAAAAGAGCCUGAGCAGAAGAACAGAGAUACUCUUUCCAAUACAGAGGCUUCACAGAAAGACAGCUCAGGCACCAUCAGCAAGCCACGCAGCCGUGUCGUGGUCAUCACACGGGAGGUUCCGUACUUAACAGUGGCUGAUUUUGUGCGGGAAUCUGCACCUCGCCAUGCAAAAAGCCCAGAUUUGUAUGAGAGGCAAGUCUGUCUGCUCCUUCUACAGCUGUGUUUGGGCCUGGAGCACCUGAAACCCUAUCAUAUCACACACUGUGAUCUGCGAUUAGAGAACCUGCUGCUGGUUCAUUCCAGACCAGGAGGCAGCCCUCUGAGCUCUGAGUCCACAGAACCCAGUCCCAGCACAGCUUGUCCAGCCAGAUUAAUAGUGAGCAAUUUCUCCCAGGCCAAGCAGAAGAGUCAUAUGGUGGAUCCUGAGGUCCUACGGGAUCAGUCCCGCCUGGCUCCAGAAAUCAUCACUGCAACACAGUACAAAAAGUGUGACGAGUUCCAAACUGGUAUCCUUAUCUAUGAAAUGCUGCACUUACCCAAUCCCUUUGAUGAGAAUCCAGAGCUGAAAGAGAAGGAGUAUACUCGUGCUGAUCUCCCCAAGAUUCCUUGCCGUUCUCUCUACUCUCAAGGGCUUCAACAGCUGGCCAGCUGCCUGCUGAAUCCCAACCCUUCAGAGAGGAUCCUAAUAUCGGAAGCCAAGGGAAUCCUUCAGUGUUUGCUUUGGGGCCCACGUGAGGACUUGUUCCAUGCUCUAAGUACAUCUUCCAACCCCUCGCGGAGAGAUGCUGUACUUCAGAACUGGCUGGAUAUAAAAAGGACGCUGCUGAUGAUCAAGUUUGCAGAGAAGUCCUUUGACAGGGACUGUGGAGUUAUUCUGGAAGACUGGCUUUGUUGUCAAUAUCUGGCUUUUGCCACUGUAGACUCACUUCGUCGCAUUGUGAGAAUCAUGCAGCAGCACUAGUUAGCAGAGCCUGUUGCUUUUCAUGAAGCACCCCCCACCUCCACCCUAGCCCUCACUCCAGCCUGCCCUGGGGCUCACACUUUGUACAAGUGUUAGAAAAUAGCCUAGAUAUCAAAGCCAGCAACUCUGAGCAAAUAGAUUCUAAUAGGAGGAAUUGUAUCCUGUACCCAAUACGAUAGAAACUUUACUUUUUUGCCAGACCUCUUAGGGAUUGAUGUACAUGACUGUAUUUGGAUCAGACAAUAUGUAACUUGAUUAAUAUCUGGCUGAAAAGAAGAGCAAACUUUGAUACCACUAUUUAUACCACUGCAGUAAACAAAUUGCCCUCCUCUUCUGGGUAGUUUCUGUCAUUUCCAUAUGUAGCAUUGGUUAGUGAAUAGCAGUGACCAUAAGCAGAGAUGGUUUAGUUAUCAAUGUGAGAUGAAUGAUCCACCAUGCCACAAAACACUCAUUCGCUUAUGUUCCACAUACCACACAAUUUUCUCUCAGCUUAGUCCCCCACAAGCGAGCUGGACUCCUCUUUCCUUUGGUCUCAACCAAACAAAUUCUGGUCUUUCUUUUACACUUUAUGCCUUCUUUUUUUCCCUCCCUAGAUGUGGUUAUCCUGCUGACUGUGCCAAGUAUCAGUGGGCAGUAAGCAUCUGUGUUCAGUCCUCUUCCCUCCUUCUCUGACUCAUUGCCUACCCAUAUCCUUUCCAACCACAGAUCCAUGAUUUCAACAAUGCCGCCUUAAUCAGACUAUUACCCUUAGCUUAAGUCCUCUGGAGUAAGAAGCAGAAUAUGCACACUUUGUCUAUCCCAUUUCCUACAUGGUAUUCACUAGUCUGGACUGUUGGUGCACUCCACCUUUAUACGAGAACAACACAACACAUGGUGGGCAACUGAAAUUCCCCUUCCAUCAUAAAAGGCACUAAAGCCUGACUUGAAGUGGAUAAGACAUAACCUUCUCUGACAAUCACUGCUAUGAAUCGGGGAUGAAAAUAACAGCCACCUCUUCUAUUUUUUUUUUUUUUGUUUGUUUGCUCUUGUCACUUGUGCCAUAUUGCAAAGUGGGACUGAAAUUGGCUCUGUUGGUAUGUUGGCAAGAGAUAGAUAUGUUUAGAGCUUGUCUGUGUGUAGCUAACAGGCCACAUGGAGAUGAUUUUCCUGCAGACACAGCUCUCUGAAGGGUAGAAACAAGGGGGCAAAAACACAGUUAUUUAAUUACUGAGGGAGCUGUUAAGUUUGGCAGCCAUAACUAACAGUAUCGUGAUCCAUUUUUCCCACAGCGGUGUUUGGCUGCCUAUCUCUUGUCUGCUGUAACUAGUGUUUUCUAAUGUUGCUAUAGACGACGCCCUAAAGAUGGAAUGUUGUAAGAAUAGCUCAAAGAGCAUAGCAAACAGUUUUGGACUGGAGCAGGAAUUAGUAAGUAUUAAAGAGAGAACAUUUUUUAAAAUUCAACCUGAAGGAGCUUUUCACUUUUAGAGGCCAUUGCUGACUUCCUUCCCUGACCUAACAGCUAUUUCCUAUGGAACUCUGGAGUUGUACAGGCAGUAUCUUUGCUCAGUAUUGCUAGGCUCUGAAUUGUUUCCUGAAUCACUCUGAAGUAUUGAUCUGGAUGCAGGGAAAAAGUGAUACCGGAUAUUCUAACCCGGGUGAUGGAAAGCAGACAGCCCUAGUUAUGAGCCUGUGCUUCUUUCCUAUGGAUCUAUGUGCAAUUCUUGUAUGUAUUAUUAAAGCUGUACAUUACAGUGUUCACUUUACACACCAGCCUUUACCUGAUGCUAAAUCUGCAGCCCCUUCCUUUAUUUCCCUGGCACAUAAACGCACAGAUACCCCUGUGUUCUUUUUAUGGAUUGAUGUUUCAUUUUAAUUGUUAAAACUGUGAGGAAUCAAUUCACUUCAGCCUUGAAACAAACAGCCACUUUAUACAGCAUAUGCAUGCUUGGACCAGAUGCAUGGAAACUGAACAAACAGUCCUGCAGGCUUAAAGUCAGCAAAACUAGCUCUGGAUCCAUGCUGUACAUUUGGAGGGGUUGAAAUGUCUAUAUUAUUCUUCUCUGGCAUCUAUCAGAGCUACGCUGAAUAGUGUGUGGAAGCCUACAUCGAUUGUGCCGUAGUAUAUAGACUGUCUUUGUGACCUUUCUAAAGAUUUUUUUGAAACUUCUGAUUAUUAUUCUUGUGUUUGAUUCACCUGUAUCAGUGAAGGAUCAGGCAAGGAUAAGGAUAAUAUAUUUUAAUGUGAUAUAAUUUUUUUUUUUCUUUCUCUUUUUGGCAAAAAGGUUAGGAUGCUGGCAUUGCAGAAAGAGGACAAUGCAUUAAAAGCCCAAGUGCAAUGUAUGUAGUUGAGGUACUUCCACUACAUCGGGAAAGAAAGUGUCUACACUACUGCUGAGCAGCUCGUAGAAGAACCUUUACAAAGAAUCACACGUUCAAUGCAGCCCUGCUUUAUCUGGACACAGGAGGGCAAUGCUCUCAUAGAUGAAAUACACCGAGCAUGACAAGUCACUCGCAUAGUAUCUGCUAGCUAGCUAUUAGUCACAAUGGUUGAGCUACAAAUAAGGCUUCUUGUUCUCCGUGGUCUGGUUUUGUGUUUCGUAGUGCAUGUGAGCACAUACCUUCUCAGCUAACUCACAUAGGCUGUACAAGCAAUUUUGGACCACUUGCCAUGGCAGUGGGCUCACUUCUUGAAGCUGGUAGGUGGUUCCGUGUUCAUGGACACGUGUUCUCAAUGUCACUUUCAUGUCAACACGCACAUGAAAAGUUGAAUUUUGAAUGUUUUACAACCAUACGUAUUUAAUGCAGCUGGUUAUCUCUAGUUGUCUAAUUUCAGUUUGUAUCUUUUGUGAUGAACCAAUACUCAUUUUAGCUCUGCAGUGUAAUCAAGCAUGGAUAGAUGUUCACUACCAAUCUCUUUCUUGUGCAGCACUGGGUAAACUUUAGCAAUUUAUAAUGUUGUGUGUUUCUUUAAAAAAGAAAGAAUGGUAAAAGUAGUCGAACACAAUCUGGCCUGAGCUAUUCCUUGGGGAGCUUGAGGCUGAAUUUGCAGAUAUGCCCGUAACUGAUGACUGUAACUGUGUUUGUGGUGAUUCUCCAUCCUGGCAACAGACUGUGCAACAUAAAUAUCUGAGAAUGUAUGCAUUAAACUUGAUUGUAAGCAAAUCCUAAGAAUGCUACAGCAUAAUUGCUAAGCAAAAGGAAAAAAACCCGCUCUGUCUGUAUCUGGGAUCCUGUGUAUGACAGGAACAAAACCCCUGGCUGUGCAUGGUAUAAACUUGAAUACGUGCACAGAUCUUGAAUUAUUUUUUUGGUUUUUUUUAGCAAUGUCGCACUUUCAGUUGAGCUCAAGAAAUAGGAAGAGCUGCAAAUCUAAGAUAGCAGUAUUGACUGUAAAUAUAUAUUUUUCUAUUAAUAAAAGCUGUCAUUCAAAUAUUUUUAACAUUAACUCUAGAGAUUUUUCCAGCGGAAACUAAUUUCUGGAAAAAUCAAAGUGCUUGUUUGAAGAAUUGUGAUGAGUGGUUUCUGAUCCUAUUAGAGCCAUUAAAAACCUCUCUAAUCUUACAGAGAGAGCACAGUGAUUGGAUUCACAAUAUUUAGUGCCUUGUCAAAAAACUGAAAUGUAGCUGGUCAGUUGGUGGAAAUCUUACUUUUUUCAUAAUUGCCCUAGAAAUAAUACUGGCCACAUUAAGAUGCAAAAGACUUUACAAAUAAAAUGCUUUACUUUGAUAUGAUAAUGAGUUGAUCUACUCAGUGAGAGUUGGUUUUGGAGUUUGUGAGCAAGUUCCUUUGAGUUGUUUGUAGUACAGCAUAAACCUGAAGUAACAAAUUUGUGGACUUCCAAAUUUGCAUCUGCACAUGGAGAAUAAUAGUGGAUAACAAGUCAAUUGGUCUAGACUGACCACACCAUGGAAAGAAGCCUAUUGCUUUGACAAUCUACUGCAGGCACUCAGCUUCUAGGAGACGAGGAAUCGGAUUAGUCUGGAAGAAGUGGUGAAGGUAAGAUGUACUGCUCCUGCUUUAGGUAGUGGAUGUGCUGCACACCAUACCAUAUGGUGUGAAAUGCAAAUCUCUGUUAAAGCAGGAGUUCUAAAAAACUGCUCCUGAGAUGUUAAGGAGAAUGGUUUUGUUUUGUAUUUUUUAAAUGGGAAUUACUUAUUCACUAAUUAUCUUUCAAACCUCAGCUCUGAUCGAGUCAGUAUGCAUAACCAGGUGAAUAUAAAAAGAAUCUACUAGUGAAAACUUGUCUACAAAUUUUCAGGAAUAAGGGAAUCCAGACUUUUUAUGCUGGAGCCCGUGGAAUGUUCAAAUAUAGAAGCCUGGUCUCACUUCAGUAUUCAGACACUAUGAAAUCAGUAACUCAAGACAGGAUAUCAUGUUGCUGGCUCUCAGACAAGAAUGCCUCUAGCAUUUACAGAAAUGUUCCACCUUAAAUAUUUUUUGCUCCACACAUCCCAUCAGCACCCAUGAGCUAUUAACUGAUCAUCUUUACGUUUUAACACAGGGGAAUUCCCACAUUAAUUAGAGAGAAAAAUACAUUCUUUAAAUAAAUCACAUCUGUUAGGAUUCAGCUACUUGGAGAAUUAAUUCAGCAGCUUCACACUCUAGGUCCUUAACCUUAGCAGGUAAAAAUAGUCUUUGCUGCUGAGAUAAAAUGUGUCUGUUUCCCAAUUCUUGUGCUGAGAUGCCCUGCUUAAAUUAAUUUUUUUUUUUGUUUGUAAUAGCAAUUAAAUUCAUAUGUAAAUAUAAAUUAAAUGUUCCUGGUUUUAUUUAAAUAUAACUUUUCUGGGGGAUAGAAUAGAAACUGAAUCAGACCUUUCCAUGCACUUUCCCCCUUUUCCCAAAUAGGAAGUAAGCUGUUUCUCUGUAGAAACAGUACAUGACCAUUAUUCUCUUUGUGACUAGGCCAUCUAUUUUACUCUGAUAUUGCAGAGGUAGUGUUGGUUCUGCCAAAUCUCCCAUAAAACCUAGAGCACAAUCAGAGCCCUUCAGUCCACAUAGAGAGGGAUUGAGGAUGAUUCAGUUAUGCAGGAAGAUAACAUCAAAGAAGUGCAGAGCAUAAUUUUAAAUACCUCUAUAAAAACAUACCUGUGGAAAUAUUGUCAAUGGUCAUCUGAAUUCCGAACACUCCAAGGGAGAAAUACACAAUAAAUACUGUUCAGAAGAAAUAUUGGGGAGAAAUUUCUUCAGGACACGCUCAACUCCAAAAGGAGGAGCAGUCUUUCCCACUGCCGUGUUGCAUAGAGUUUCUAGUAGACAUUUGUACAGAUUUUCUUUUUCACCUGGAUGCAGUAUUAGAAAGAUGGUGAUUUUGAACAGAUGUAGAAUGUAAUUUGAAUAAUUUCCUGUAAAUCUCCUUGCAUUGGUGCUCCACUCAGCAUUUAGUUGGAAACCACAGAAUGCUUUCAGAUCAAGUAGAGUUGCCAGUGAGAAAUGAAAUGCUCAACUUAUCUGUACAUAAGCAUUUUGCCACUCUACAGAUUUUAAGAAUUUGGUUUGUACUUCAGAUGAUAAAGAUUUUUUUUUUUUCCCAUGAAUCCAAGGGGAAGAUUUCAGGGAUUUAGGAGAGGUUAGAACUCUUUUUAUACGGAGGAAGUAUUUGUUCAUAUAUAUAUACAUACAUAUAUAUAGGAGUGCGAGUGGGCGUGUUUUACUAUAUAUAUGUAUGUAUAUUAAUUUUUGUAUCCCAAAAGUAUUCUUUGCCCCUUUUUGCUUGAAAAUAUAUAUAUUAUAUAUUGUAUAUAUAAUAUAUAUUUAAGAGUGUAUAAAUUUGAAUAUAGUCAUUUCAUAAAUAACACCUCUUCAAAAAUCAAAAUUUCUGUUUCUUUGUCCUUUGACUUGUUGGUAUUAGAAGGUUUUGCAGUUGAAAUCUUUGGGUUUUUUUCUUUUAAAACUUAAUUAUGCUGAGCAUUUAAGAAUAUGUUCAUGUUUUUAAUAAAAGGGGUGAAUUUAUUUUUAAAUUAAAGAUUCCAAAAUUGGUGGACUUUUGUAAAUGGGAUUUCUUUAGAUCCCUUGAAUAAGGGAUUUUUUCUUAAUUUUUUUAAUUUCAACUCCAUUCUUGUGGGUAAUUUGUAUUUGGAAUUCCUGGUUGCAUUGUUUUAUCUGGUGCUUCAUAUUGAUAUUUACACGUUUUUAUAUAAAUACGUAUAUAAACUUCAAGCCUUCCUUUGUGAUCAGGGGCAGUUACACUCUGGUUUGCUGUGGUACUUUGCUGUGUACUCUGUGGCAUUCAUGUUACUGUGUAAAUAAACUAGUUUUAUUACACGCAAAA